AUGCCUCGUUCUUCAAUAUCCUUCAUACUCCCUUUCUGUCCCUCUUUCCAACUCUUAAAAAUGAAGGCACCAAUCUCACUCAGCAACAAUGUAUCCGCCAAUACAUUUGAAAUUCGACGUAGUGAAGGAAUCCAGCCGCUUGAAACACGGGAAUUACUCCCAAAUACACGACCAAGGUUUGAGGUUGGCUUUUCUGGUUUUGAGACAUUUCCUGUCGAGGAUUUGGGCAAGGCAGAGGAACAAAGCUACCAUAUGGAAGAAAUUCAUAGAGGGUAUACUUUUAUUUUUAAGAGAGGGACAGACAAGGAAGCCAGUGGCAGAAAUUUCAUUGAGGUCACUUACAUGUUUCUCAGUCCGAAUCCUGCCAUCCAGAUUCGGAGCAUUAGACAACUUAGGCUGCACACGUGCACUUGGGAGUUCAAGAUUGGCUAA